GCAUGCUGGCAACUGUCUAUGGUUGUAACAUUAUGCUAGCUACCGACUUUGUGACUUUUACUUUCUGUAAUGUCAUCGUUCUCGAAAUCGUGGAUAAGGAAGCCGAAAUGACUGUCAGAGUGAACUGACACCUCAACAUCAAGCUCGGCAGCUAAUCUUUUAAACGGAGACGGUGGGCUGCUCGAGAUAUUUUCCCCAGAGACCGCUACGACAGUCCAGGGUUGCCAAACAACAAGCAUCAUUCAGUGUCAGCCAGAGGUAGCAGCUGGAGCUCUCAAGUCGCCUCGACCCUGCUUCGCUGGAGCCUGUUAAUUCCUUCUUCAACACACUGGGGUAAAUUGAAUCAACAAUGCCUGCGGACCCCCUGCCUGAACGGCCAGUGUGCAUUGGUGAUUCGGUGUUAGACAUCUUGCAACCAAAGCACCUUACCAAAAACCCCUGACUGACAAGUGUCUGUGGACCUCACCCUACUUCUGGUUCCACUUCCUGGCCCCGCAGCUGUUGCUUUACACUUUCUCAUCUCCUCUUAGUUAGGGGCAGGAUGCCUUUUAGUGGUUAGAGAAACGUCUUCGGCUGUAUGGGUAUAAUGCAAGCAUAUGUCCUGCUGGAGUUUACUUGAGUGAGGCACUAAUUCCACACCAGCUCUCAGGAAUGCUUUGCAGUGGACUUGGACCUCUGAACUCUCUGUAGAUACGGACAGUGGGAAAGAGAAUCUCCCUGCAGGUAUCGAGUAAUUAUCACUUGAUUGGUAUAGCCACAGCCCCAAAAAAAAGACCUUCAGCCUCAGACUGAGCCUCUGCAGCUCCCCUCCGCUUCGCCACCGCAGUACCAUGCUGGGUGCACUCUUGCGGAGGAACAUGUCCCAGAAGCUGAGCGUGCUGCUACUGGUAUUCGGCCUGGCGUGGGGACUUAUGCUGCUGCGCUACACUGUGCAGCAGCCUCGCCAUCAGAGCAGCGCCGAGCUACGUGAGCAGAUCCUGGAGCUCAGCCGGCGAUACGUCAAGGUUCUGACGGAGGAGAACCAGAAUGCACCAGGUGGGCCGCAGGGAACAUCCAUGGCUGGUUAUGCUGAUCUGAAGAGGACUAUCGCUGUGCUACUGGACGACAUUCUGACGCGGCUGGUCAAACUGGAGGGGAAAAUCGAGUUGGCGGUCAAUGCCUCCUCCAGUAACACCUCCCACACAGCAGGGGGCGUUCUUGCCUCUGCUCCCGCUGCCCUACAGAAACCUUUAAAGCAGGAGUCCCCUGGCAGCCACCCAGAGACAUCCCGCCUUCACCCACACAUCCCUAAUAGGCCUCGGCCACAUCAAGGAGCAUAGUCUUGAAAGAUGUAUCGAUUCUUUUUUAUUUUUAGCACAUCAAACUUUUCCAGCAUUUAUCACUGAUGUCACAACAUCAGAGAAAUGAAAAGCAAUAGUGAGA